AAUAUUGACGUUUUUGUUGAUCUAUUAAAAUUGAAUUGAAAAUCAAAUAAGAUAUAUUCCAAUACAUUUUUUAAUACGGAUGAAUAUCUCAUUUUCAUAAAUUUAAAACAAGACUCUACGAAUUAUGAGAUUUUUUUAUCCAUUUCACUGCCUUCAUGAGUUUUAUUAACAAAAGCUUGUUUCUUUCUUCUCAAACCGCCAUCUUGUAUAGUUGUAUCAGAUUCUGUCGUCUCUGAUAGAAUAAUAGUUUAGUGUGUUCUUAUUAUUUUCUGUUCAUUAAGCUUGUUAAUUUGAAUAUUUGUGAUAAGAUUCUAGUUUUCAAAAACCUAUAGAAACCAGACAAAUUUAUAAUGGUUGAAGAAAGUAAAGAGAGAGACAAGGAACGUGAUAAGGAUAGGCGUAGAAGAUCUAGAUCCAGAGAAAGAAGGAAACACUCUCGGUCUCGAAGUGCUGAAAGGCGAGAGAGGAGAUCACGGUCGAGAGAAAGGAAAAGAUCUCCACGGUCACGAUCUAGGGAAAAAAAGCCAGCAAAAUCGCGCAGACGUAAGGCCUCUCUGUAUUGGGAUGUCCCUCCUCCAGGUUUUGAACAUAUAACACCUCUUCAAUACAAGGCUUUGCAAGCGGCGGGACAAAUUCCAGCUAACAUUGUUGCGGACACCCCUCAGGCAGCAGUGCCUGUGGUAGGGUCCACCAUAACGAGGCAGGCAAGGCGACUUUACGUUGGAAACAUUCCUUUCGGUGUAACUGAGGAUGAAAUGAUGGAGUUCUUUAAUCAACAAAUGCACUUAUCGGGUCUAGCACAGGCAGCUGGAAAUCCGGUAUUGGCAUGUCAAAUUAAUUUGGAUAAGAAUUUCGCUUUUCUAGAGUUUAGGUCGAUUGAUGAGACGACACAGGCGAUGGCGUUUGAUGGCAUUAACUUCAAGGGACAGAGUCUGAAGAUCAGACGGCCACACGAUUAUCAGCCCACGCCUGGAAUGUCUGAAAGUGCCGCUGUUAACAUACCAGGUACCGCUGGGGUGAUCAGUACAGUUGUUCCCGAUUCACCUCACAAGAUAUUUAUUGGUGGAUUACCAAAUUAUUUGAACGAAGAUCAGGUAAAAGAACUUCUGAUGUCGUUUGGUCAACUGAGGGCUUUCAACCUUGUCAAGGACUCUGCCACUGGACUCAGCAAAGGCUACGCUUUCUGCGAAUAUGCCGAUGUCAUCAUGACUGACCAGGCUAUAGCUGGGCUGAACGGCAUGCAGCUGGGAGAGAAGAAGCUGAUAGUGCAGCGCGCAAGCGUGGGAGCCAAGAACGCAGUUCUCGGCCAGCAGAUGCCUGUCCAGAUACAAGUGCCCGGCCUAUCCAUGGUCGGCGCCUCUGGCCCUGCUACUGAGGUGUUGUGCCUAUUGAACAGCGUUACGCCAGAGGAGCUGCAGGAUGAGCUGGAGUACGAGGAUAUCUGCGAAGACAUCAAGGAGGAGUGUGGCAAGUACGGAAAUGUGCGCUCGCUCGAAAUUCCCCGACCCAUCGAGGGGGUCGACGUGCCUGGAUGUGGCAAGGUGUUUAUCGAGUUCAAUUCGGUUCUGGAUUGUCAGAAGGCGCAACAGGCUUUGACUGGAAGAAAAUUCAACAAUCGCCUUGUUGUGACAUCAUACUUUGAUCCCGACAAAUACCAUCGGCGCGAAUUUUAAAUAUUUAAAUAAUAUAAGUUUCUAGUUUUAUCAUUUGUCUACCCAUACUUCUGUAAACUUAUAACCACAAAUCCUACGCAAUACUCAAGUUAUAAAUAGUAACUUAUUUAUUACAAAUUCAAUUCUUGCAAAAGAAUAGCUUUUACUGCAAAAUAUGGUUAUCUAUUUUCUUCUUGAAUAUGGUUGUGAUACAUUGAUUUAUGAUUCAAUAAAUAUUCACGUUCACGAUAAUGUCGAUAUCAGAUCAACUGGAAUUUCACCAGAAUGAAAUGAAGUAUUCGUAACUAUCUAUAAACCUCUUCUCUUUAACAUGACGAUGGAACACGGAUGAUCAUAUUUCCCCAAUCCUUUCAUAAAAUUACUAAUAUAACUAACGUAACUCAAUAUACUGUAUAUUAUAUAACUUUCCUGUUGCAUUAAAGUAGUUAAAAAACA